UGUUGCCGUCUUAUCUCGAUGUUUUUUUACGGUGUCCUUGAGUUUUUGAAUUCUUUCUGAUUCUCCUCACUCUAGAACCCCGGCAAGACACGCAUUAUCAAUCCGUUCGGUGAGACCAUUCCGAUUCCGCUUCAGUUAAAACACAGAACUCGAACAGUUUAGAAAAUGGUGCGUGCUUGGUUUAUGGACAACGAACCCAACGACCAGCGGUUGGAACAUCAGCUGGAUCCGCCAAAGUUCCUGAGCCUGGACGAGCUGUUCAACAGUACUGGCGUUGAAUAUUUCAAGAUCAACAUCCCUACCUACGAUACGGAUGGCGUGCUGGAGAAGAUCCGCAAGGACCGUGGUUACUCUUAUGAGGACGAAAUCACCUGCUCCGAGGCGUGUCUGCCGGACUACGAAAACAAGUUGAAGAUAUUCUUCACCGAGCAUCUGCAUACGGACGAGGAAAUACGACUGGUCAUUGAUGGAUCGGGAUAUUUCGAUGUGCGCAAUGGAAAAGAUGAUUCCUGGAUACGGAUUGAGGUGGUGGCCGGUGAUUUGAUCAUCAUCCCCAGUGGCAUCUAUCAUCGCUUUACGCUGGACGCGAAGAACUACAUUAAAGCCAAACGGUACUUUGUUGGAGAGCCUGUUUGGUUACCGUACAAUCGUCCGGUCGAUGAUAUGGACUGCCGAAAAGAGUAUCUGAAGCGCCUUGAUGCAGGAUUUGCUGCUUAAACAAAACGACACACGGAAUCAUCAUGCAAUGAGUAACGAGCGGAUGAAAACACAAUGAGUAAAAAUGUUCCUUAUGAAGGACACCAUCCGGAUGAAGAAAACAGAACUUGUCAAAAAAGCAAUCGCUCAUGUAGCGCUCUAUUCCAACAAAGUUACGUUUUAUCGAAGAAAUGGCCUUCUUUCGCAUAUCAAUGGAUGCAAUUGUUAAAAGUAAUUAAGAUUUAAAUAUGGGAUCAAAUGAAUAAAACUUAUGAACAGAUAUGUCCGGUGGUUUCGGAUUACAGCGCAGCAACAUA